AUGGAUGCAGAGGAUCUCCAGCCAGCUUCCACUGAACUUCAGGAGCGACUUCAAGCUCUAACAGAAGAAAAUUUGCAGCUGCGAGACAGAAAUGAGCGCCUUUUCUUCAAAGUGGGCUACCUGGAAGGCAGACUGGGCCACCUGGCCAGCUCCAGCACAGACCUGUCCUGCAGGCUGGUCCAGAGUGAGGAGGACAAACUGAAGAUAUCUAAGGAGCUUGUGGAGGAGAAAAUUCAGGCAAAUAAGAUGAGAGAGCAGUUUGAGGAAGAGACGUUUGAGCUGAAAAACAAGAUUUUGAACCAAGACGGUGUAAUAACAGAGCUUGAGAUGGAACGAGACCGGCUAUCGAGGGAACUCCAGUCAGCUGAGGCUCGUCUGAAAGUGGGAGAGAAGAGCGGCAAAGACCUGACAGAGGAGUACGCUGCACUGAAGAAGAGCUACCUCUCUCUGACUGAGGCUCAUGAUAAGGAGCUGGCCCACAGCGAAGAGCUGAGCACUGAGCUGCUGGCAUUGGCUCAGGCCCAGGACGCCCUCCGCAGGCAGCUGGAGGAGCAGCAGCAGAGUGUGAGGACUGCUGCCCACAGCCUGCAUGGUGAGCUGGACAGGGUGCGGGCCCUGAUGAGCCGCAUGUCAAGAAACAGAGUGAAGCUUGAGGAUCUGGCAUCUUUUGAAAAGGGGCAAAAAACUAUGGAAAAAACUCUCCUCGGAAACCAAGAUGAGAUCAAAAGCAUGCUGGAGAAAAUGAAGAACAGCUACGAGGAGCAGCAGAAGAAACUGGAGGAGAAAAUCGUGGCGAUGGGUAAAGAGCACCAGGAGAACAAGAGAGCGAUCCGUGAUAGCCAGCAGGAACUAUCUAAACAGAGUGCGGCCCUGAUGUGCUCUCAGAGCCAAGUGAAGGAGGUGGAGGAAGAGAACUCAAAGCUGCAGCUUCAAAUCAAAGAGCUGAAUGAGGAAUACCGUGCGAGGCUUGUGUGCUAUUUACACGACUUAUCUGAGUACAUUAACGCACUUGGAGAAGGUAAAAGCCCAUCAGACGCCUCUAAGAUGAGGGCAUUUGUGGACAGCAUGCUCCAGGAUGUUCGUUCAUCCUACAGGGUCAGGGAGGAGCAGCUCGCCUCUGCUGCUCGCUCCUAUAAGAAGAGACUUCAGAAGAUCACCAGGACCCAUCAUGCUCUCUUGAUUGCGUACAGGGUUCAGAGGGAGCAGAUCUUGGCCAAACCAGAGAGCUCUCUUGACCCUGGACCCCCAGAAGCCCACUUCAGCCCGGAGCCUGCUGAGCUCAGAGAUGAAACUGAGAAGGAGCUGCAGCGCCUUCGGCAGGACAAGGCGGGGCUGGAGGGUCAGCUGCAGGAGGCCCGGGAGCAGGUGGCUGCCUUCAAAAUGCGCCUUCCACAUUUAAGCCAUCAGCAGCCGGCAGUACUGGAGGAGAUAUGUGAGGAAUCCUGGUCAGACAUACGGAAACAGCUGAGGGAGAUCACAGACUCCACACUGGUGGGCUUCGAGAAGGAGUGUGCCAUCCUCAUCACCAGAGCAACAGUUGCAGAGGCGCAGGUGUCGGAGCUGCAGGACUACAUUGACGACCACCUGGGCAGGUACAAAGAGGAGAUCUCAAAUCUGUGCAGGCUGCAUGGAGUACAGGAGGUGGGGCGUUCCCAAAGUGCUAAUUCAUCACUCCAUUAA